UACAAAAUGUACACAUGGCAUAUGAUAACGAAGUAGCAUCGUAUUGAUAAUGGUAAAUAUAUAAGAAAAAUAAAAUAUAUGAUAAUGCGGUGGUGAGGUGAGUGCAUAGCAUAUGAAGCAUAUGAUGAUGGAUGACGAUGUUGGCAUAUAAAAAAAAGUGAUUCCCUUGCAAAAAAAAAAAGGAUUCUUCUACUGACACCUCACCUUCCUUCCCCGUCCCGUUCCGUUCUCCGUCUCUCUCCUCUAUCUCCUUCCAUCUCCAAUCGGGUCUUUACAGAGAGGAUAAGGAAAAGAGAAUAUGGCGUCUUCCUUGUCUCCGAUAUCAGAUCUGCUUAUUCAGCCGCCGUCAAGCUCACGUUCCGAUCGCGCUCGGCGGAAGCGGAAGAAGAAACAACCGCCGUUGCAAACUCCGCCGCCGCCGCCGCCGGGGGCAUCGUUUCAGAGAUGGAGAUCGGAGAAGCAACAGCAGAUCUAUUCGACGAAGCUCGUCCAGGCUCUGAGGGAGCUCCGGAUUAGUCAGUCUCCGGAAUCUUCGACGCCUCGCGAGACGCCUCGCGGCGGUCGAGCCGUUCGGGAAGUCGCCGAUAGGGCCCUGGCGGUAACGGCGAGGGGCAGAAUGCUGUGGAGCCGAGCUUUGUUGGCGAGCAGAUCUGUGAAGCUCAAGUUCAGAAAGCGUAAGCGGCCGAGAAUUUCGAAUCUCGGGACGGCGCCGGUAACCGGCAGUUGCCAGUCAAGGAAGCAGAGAGCGACGGUUCUGAGGCUGAAGGGGAAAAAGAGUAUACCGGCUGUGCAGAGGAAGGUAAAGGUGCUUAGCCGGUUAGUUCCGGGUUGCCGGAAACAGCCGUUGCCGGUGGUUCUGGAGGAAACCACAGAUUACAUAGCGGCGAUGCAGAUGCAGAUUCGCGCCAUGACGGCCAUACUCGAUGCCGUCGGUUCAAGCUCGGCACCGCUGCAGACUUCGCCUUCACCGCCGCCCCCACCACCACUACCACCGCCAGCUCAUGACGGGGAACAAGCACAUAUGAUCGGUAAGAACGGUGGGUGGACAUACAAGAUUUUGUCUUUUAAUAGUUCAGUUAUUUGUGAGCACAAACCCUUUUAGAUUUUGUGAAGUGUGUUACUUGUUGGUAUGUUCAGCCACUGUAUCCAAAAACCCCAUUGAUUGUUCUAAGGAAUUGUAAAAUAUGAUACACACAUUUCGUCUUGAGUUCCAACAUAUACACAGACA